AAAACUGAUCUUUUCAUAAAUAAUUCAGCAAUUAACACAUAUAGAAUGAUAUGACACUUGUUUUUAUAAGGUAGAGAAAAUAGCAAAGACAUCAGGCUUCGUAGGUAGAACUGAAAUGUGUUGACAAUGUCGGUUGAUCUGACUGAGUUGAAGCGGAGCGACUUCCCGUCAUGUGUGCGGCUUGGACUCCUAAAACUGGAGGAGGUGCUCCAGAUGCCUCCAGUCAGCAUCCUACACGAAGUCCAGCAGCACAUCAUGGAUCACUACAUAUUUUGCUGUCGAGACUUUAAUUCCUCCAAAAUCAGGGCUGUGGGGCCAGUGGAAGAGCUCGUGGUCGUUCGAGAACUGGGCCAGCACCUGGGAAAGAUGGUGGACGCAGCGGCAAGGAACACCCUCUUCAUCACCCUCUUUCACCCCUCUUCGCAUGACCCACGGAUGCCUCACAAACUGCGCAUAUUGUCUGCACUGGUUUCGCUUGCCAUUGUAACACACAAUGUCUCCGUGCUGGAGGCAACGGCUGUCUGGAUGCAGCAAGUAUGUUGCCUGAGUGCUUGGAGCGGGGAGGUUUGCCGAGGCCUAGUUCAAGACUACUUCCAGCUCACACCAACUGCACCCCCACACUUUGCUGCUGCCUUGAGGGCACUGCCAACUAUGGCCCCACUCUUCACAGCAAAUCUUAUCACAACACUGUCACAGCUGUAUGCCAAAGUUGGUAGUGGCGAACCAUGUGAACGGCCGCCAGAUGCCCUUGUCUCGACAGUUGUGUGGUGGAUGCAAGGUGCCCCAGGGUCUCCCCCUCACCUGGCACUGGCUCCUCUCACCCACCCACUCCCAGGGGUGUCUCUGCCCAUGACUGCUGUGCCACCCAUUGUUCCUCUGAUGAAAUGGUGUGCUGAAUCUCCAUUCUUUGAAAGUACUGAUGCAGCCUCAGAUGGCCAGGGAAGAAGAGCCAGUCUACCAAAGCUUUCUGAUGGCGAUGGUGCUUUUGAGAAAGGGGGAGGACCUCUUAAGGCGCCAAUGCUAGAGAGUGGUGAAAUGUAUUCACAACUACAUCUCUCCAUCUUGCAGACAUUGCAGAAUGUACCAUCUGUGAGGGCCCGCAUGACACAGAAACAGGUGUUAUGCCCAAAACAGGUGACCAGUGUAGUAGAUGCUGUGUGUGAGAGAAUAAGGACUUGCAGCUCAAAUGAUGACAAUGUGAACACCUCGCUUGACAGAUUAGCGCAGACCAUUUUGGUUGCUCUCCAUACUGAGUGUCUCUCAGGAUCCCUCAGUGACAUGUGGGAUGCCCUGCACAGACUACCCAUCAAGAACCGCCUCAUCAACACACUCCUUAACUCACAUGAAGCCAGGUGACCUAACAUCAGGGUUUCUCUCGGGUCUUGGAACGAGAGGUCACCUACGAGAACUGGGUUAAUUUGAUUUUUUUUUUCCGCAAUUUCUUUUUAUGAUACUUUACAGCCCUAGGUCAUGGUUUGAUUCUAGUAUUGUAUUUUUGUAUGGGAAAUUGUCUCUUUCAUAUUUUAUACAUCACAGUCUGUGAGAAUAAAAUUUUUGAUAGGAUGUCAUAGAAUAGAUGAUUUUUUUUUUCUUUAUGGAUGUAAGUUACUAGAAUAAGUGAUAGAAGGCAAAUAAAGAGAAUUCAUAUUGAAAA